AUGUCGUAUAGGAGACGCGAGACGGAGGAGAAGCACCUUCACGCCAGCGCAGGCGAGAAGAACGAGUUUUUGAGGCCCAAGUUGUCAAGCGCACCAAAUGUUAGAAGUGGAUCUGGGCUGAGAUUGCUGAGACACAUAGUAUGCUGGCGCUACAUUCUGUCGUGGCUGUGCUUUUGGAUCUGUCUUGUCCAAUACUACGAAAAUACAGUGGUUAAACGGGCAAUGAGCCGGUGCCAGUGGUCGCGAUGGGAAAAUUGGCCUCGUGCAGCAACACCGCACCACAUGGCUGUGCUGGCAGACCCACAGAUUAUGGACGCACACUCGUAUCCGGGACGGCCGUGGGUUGUCAACUACUUCACGCAGCAGGUGGUGGACAACUACCACGCCCGGAAUUGGAAACACCUGCACCACACUCUGGACCCAGACUCGACAUUUUUCCUCGGGGACCUAUUUGACGGGGGUCGGCGCUGGAACGACUCCGAAUGGAUCACAGAAUACUCGCGUUUCAAUCGUAUUUUCCCCAAAAAGCCUAACAGACUCACCGUGAUGUCGCUGCCAGGAAACCACGACAUCGGCUUUGGUGACACCGUCAUGGAGAAGAGCUUGUCACGGUUCCAGGUUUAUUUCGGAGAUCCUUCCACGAAAUGGAACGUCGGCAAUCACACAGUCGUUCUGCUCGACACCAUUUCACUGUCCGACACACAAAAUCAAGAGGUGUCUGCAGUACCUCGCAACUUUCUGGAUCAAUUCGCACAAACUCCCGAGUCAAACCCCAGAAUCCUGUUGACUCACGUUCCGCUGUGGCGUGACCCAAACACCCAGGUUUGUGGCCCCAAAAGAGAAUCUCUAAAGCCGUUUCCCAUGGCUAAAGGCGAUCAAUAUCAAACCGUCAUUGAUGCAGAUUUGAGUCAAGAGGUGCUGCAGAAAACUGCGCCGUCUUUGGUUCUUUCCGGAGACGAUCAUGACUACUGUCACAUCACGCACAGCUAUUCGUCCGAAAGAGGCUCUCAGGUCGCAGAGGAGAUUACGGUCAAGUCGUGCGCCAUGAAUAUGGGCAUCUCGAGACCAGCUAUACAAUUGUUGUCGUUAUACAAUCCUGAGCAGUCACAGACCUCUGAAGAUACCUUGCACACCAGCAUUUGCUAUCUGCCGGACCCAUAUAAAGCACUCCAGGUCUAUAUUGGCGCUUAUGUGCUGACAUUGCUGUUUGUUGCUUCGCUUCAUUUCGCUCCUACUUACUUCAACAAAGCUAUGAGUUUCAUCGCUCACAAAAUGACGAGAGACGCUACAACACUGCUGCCAGUUGCCGCCAAAAAGGCUAGUGCUAAUAUUUCGCAUGACGACUUGAGUUAUUUAUCGGCUUUAAAUGGAUUUGAAAGGGCCAAGUGCUUCCUCAUCAACGCUUCUCUCAUGACUCUAAUGAUUUUCCUAGUCUUUACUUUUCAUUACACAAAGAAGUGA